GCCUGGACUCGAUCGAUGCUUUCCGGUUUCACGAGUAGAGUCUCCUGAGCAGUGCAUGGCAGAGUUGUGGAGCUUCACAACGACUUAAAGCUGACAGACAGCCAGCAUGGGUCGGCGCUCGUCUGAUAGUGAGGAUGACAGUCGGAGCAGGAGGAAGAAGAAACAGCGUCGACGGUCAUCCUCCUCUUCCUCUUCGUCUUCAUCCUCCAACAGCAAGGUGGUCAGCAGCCGGAGCCGAAAGUCCACUCGUCUGAAUCGUUCUCGUUCAAGAGAUAAGGACAAAGACAGGAGGAGAAGAAGACGUUCCAGCAGCAGCUCGUCCCACAGUUCGUCUCGCAAGAGGAGGAGUCGCAGCGCAGAGAGAGACAAAGGGAGGAGCCACCACUCACACAGGUCCCGCAGCCGAGACAGGAGGUCCCAUUCUCGCCAACGGAGGUCUCGCAGUAAGAGCGGCAGUCGCAGCCGACGAGUGACCCAAAGUCGCAAAAGGAGCAGCAGCCGCACUCGCCGAAAGAGCCGCAGCCACAGCAGGGAGCGGGACCGGAGCCGGCGCAAGGGCCGUGAGAGGGAGAGGGAAAAGGAGAAGGAGAGAGAGAGAGACAGGGGCAGAGGAAGAGACAGAGAGGACAAGAACAAAGACAAGAGCAAAGACAAGGCAGUGAAGAAGGGGGAGGCUGCUAACAUCAAAGCAAGAUUAGAACAUCUGACUCCAUCAGAACAGGCUAAAGUCCGAAUGCACAUGGUCCUAGAGGCUGCAGCUAAGACAGACGAGGUGCUGAAGGCCAAAGUAGCCAAGAGAGAGGAGGAGGCCCGGAAGAAGCUAGAGGAUGAGGGACCUUCUCUGGAGGAGCAAGUGCGAAGGAUAAAGGACAUUGAGGCCAUCGAAAGUGAUUCCUUUGUUCCUCAGGCUUUCAAAUCAUCCAGGGAUGAUAUAAAGACUGAGCCAGUUGAGGUGAAGCAGGAAUCGGAGAGCUCAGAUCAUCACAACGUCGAUCUUCCUAUCUCCAUAGUCUACAAUGACACUGACACCCUCGCCCAUCCCUGUUUGUUCAUGGACAAAGAGAGGGCCGAGGAGCUGUGGCACAACAGAUUGAUCUCUCUGCGACAGGAGAGGCUCAUGGGAAGUCCUGUGACCUAAUGGACACCAGAAGAUGUUGCACUAAUUUCCUACUGUAAAAACGUGUGAGAACAUAAGCAGAUGAACAGUUUUUGGUCUUGAUGUGCGUAUUAUUAUUUCGGUAAUGUUGAUGAAAUUCAAUUUACAAGCUACUGUUCUUCAUUUUGCUUCAUUUUUUUUUAACUAAGGAAGGAUGUCAGAAAGUGUGUGUUUUACAAUGUAGGUUUAGCAUUUGAUACAAUUUGUGUUUGGUAUUCAUUCUGUAAUAAAGAUAGAUGUGGUUUCAUUUGACUGAGAACUA